UCUAUUUUUGCCCACCAAACCCCACCUGACUGGUCAUCUGAAGUGCUAGUGCAAUAAAGAGAGGAGGCAGUGGUGGGCAAGCAAUGGGGCAAAAGGGAGGAGCUGAGUGGGCAGGGUGACAUCACAAGAGACGCUCUGUGGGCAGGGUGACGUCACGGGAGACGCUCUGUGGGCAGGGUGGGUAUAACGUUGCUGAUCUCUGCUCUACAGUGGGAAGGGUGCUGUAAAGAAACAUUUGUGCAAGGUAAGGGGAGGAAAGAAGUGUGGCACCAUUUUGGUAAGGGACAGAAGUGUGCAUGCAUGCUGCACUUAUUUUGUCAUGACACAUGAGAGAGAGAAAAGGGUUAUCUUUGUAAUGGAAAGCAUGCGGAGGGAAUGGUAGCAGAUGACGAUGCGUCUAUGGGGACAGGAGGCAAGGUGGUACAGACAGUGACGGUGGUGGGAGGGGAAUCUGAACCGUGUGAAGGACGUCUUAAAUUUGUAUGCAGUGCGGGACUGUGAUGGGUUAUGAAAUGAGCACUUACGUUUGACGGACGUAGACUGGGAUUCCAUCACCUCCUAUAAGUGACGGGGCAUUACUAUCUUUCUUAGCUGCUUUCUUGCUUGCUCUUUAGGAGAAAUGCUGUUCUGCUGAUGUUGCUUGUGUUGUAUUCCUUGCUACUGCUGCAGAUCCAUCAGGAAAAAGAACCCCAGCUCUGGCAGAAUGCAGCUGUCUCAGAAAAUCACAAGUUAGUUCUGAAUCCCUUCUGUGUGCUGCUACUUCAAGUACCUAUGUUAAUAGCCCCUCCCCUGCAGCAGCCCGUUGCUAACAAGCAAACCCCCCCAGACCGGCUUUAUCUGGCUGAUUACAUCCAUUGUCCAUAUGGGGCUUCGUUUGUAUGCACUGCACUCAGCCUCUUAUAUCAACGCUGCCCCACAUCAAAGGGAGGAUGGGAAGUGCUUUGGAUUGAUCUGGAAGCAGCUGAAUGUUGCAGUUGUAACACUAGGACAGUAAAACUGGCUUAACCCAAUCAGCAAGCAUAUAAACCAAGGGGCCAGCUUUUCCCAGUUAACGGGAUCUACAGUUGAUGAUGUCCUGUGCUCCUCCUCCUUCUCCAUCCUGUCUGUGGUUCCUGCAGGGAUGUGAUCUGCGUCACAGCACGUCAGGACAAGCAUCUCUCUCCGAAUCUCUCGCUGUUACACAGCCCGGCUCAUGUACCAGUGAUUCCCCUGUACAGAGUACACUCUGCAUGGACACCAUGCCCACUCAUCGCCACAUCUUGCCCCGCAACUUCAGCUGCACCGCCGUGCUCUAUGGGGAUGAGCCAGAGAGCCCAGAGGAUGAAGAAAAAGAUGGUGAAGUGGAGGCACCACCAGAGAAAAUAAAAGAGGAAAGCAAACCUGUCACCCGAGGCAGAGAGGUCACCAUAGUCCCUCAAAGCCCCACUGCGAGGAGAAGAGCCAAAUCAUUGCCUACCCCGGCAGAAAGAAGGCACCUGGAAGUGGUGGUCCCUAGGAAGAAAGUGGUGCGCUUUGCUGAUGCGUUGGGGCUAGAGCUCACAUCAGUAAGGCACUUUAGCGAUGCAGAUGUUCCCAGUGUGCCCAAUCAUGUGCUAGCUGGACUACGAUGCAGGGAAGCUUGCCCCGCGGGAGCAGAGCUUAGCACAUUACUGUUCCGUACUCUUCCAAAUACCCCACAUCCUGAGCCACUCUUCAUUGACCCUUGUACCAAGCCAGACUUUGUGGAGCUGGUGAAGCAGAGAAGGGUUUGCCUGGAGAGCGUGCGCACAGACCCAUUCAGCAUCAGUGGGGACCUGAGGGUCCUUAACCUUUCCUAUGAAAAAGAGGUGACUGUCAGAUAUACUGUGGACUCAUGGAAAACGUCGUCCGAGUUACAAGCUGCCUUCCAACGAGGCUGCAGUGACCGAUACACUGAUCGCUUCUCUUUCAAGUUGCUGUGUCCGGCCCUUCUGAAUAAGGAGGGGAUUCUGGAAUUUGCCAUCAGAUACAGAGUCUGUGGGGCUGAGUAUUGGGACAACAAUGCUGGGGAAAACUACAUGGUUAAGAGUCACAGGUCCACUGUGUCACCAACUAAGGAAAAUGACAACGCCUGGAUUCACUUCAUCUAGGAGUGCAGUGGGGCAACUACCCAUGUAAAGUUAUUGGGCUGUGUGUGUUGGAGCCUAAAAGAACUGGCCCCAGGCAGUAAGAUGGAGCAGUGGGGAUUGUGGGGCAGAAGGCAAUGGGUGAAUAAUUUCAAGCUAUAAGGCUGCCACUCUAGUUUGAAUGUAAGAUAGUUUAGUAAGGUUCUCAUCAUUUGGUUUUUUGAGAAAGGCUGUCUGAAUGCACACCUUGUUUUUCUUUUUGUGCAUAGCACCUGGUUAACAGUACACUAAAAUAAUCAUCAAUUGUAUGUUCACUUUGUAUUCCCUAUAAAGCUGGAAACACAAUGACCAAUAAAUUACACUAAA